CCCAAGGGACAUGGAGGAAAAAAAAAAAAAUUGGUUGAAAAGAAAAAAAAAAAAUUGGUUUGCGAGAUCUCGCAAAAGGUUUUGCGAGAUAUCGCAAAAGACUUUGCGAGAUAUCGCAAACCAACUUCCGGGUCAGAAUUUAACUUCCGGGUCAGAGGAAAACCAACCACAACGAUGGAGUUCGGGAGAUUCAUCGAUGUUUAUUUUGAGCUUGGCCUCAAAUAUUCGGACAUCAAAGCCAUACUUGCCAGUAGGCACGCUUUCCAGAUAAGUGAGAGACAUCUCAAGAGGAUACUGCGAGAUAGGGGACACUCUCGCCGCAAGGCGUACUCUGACCUGUCGGUCCUGGUUGAUUUUAUUAGCCACCAACUGCAGUACUCCGGACAGCUUCACGGGUACGAUGGAUGUACGCUAAAUGCAGGGAGCAUGGACUGCGUGUGAGGAAAGAGGAUGUGCGGUUGUUGUUAAAAGAGCUCGAUCCAAGAGGAGUGUCAAGAAGGCUAGCGAGACGUCUCAGACGACGAAACUACUUCUCUAAAGGGCCGAACUUCAUAUGGCACAUUGACUCUUAUGAUAAACUUAAGCCAUAUGGCAUUUGUAUCAAUGGAAGUAUUGAUGGCUUCUCAAGGAAAAUGAUUUGGCUCAAUGCUUACACAACAAGCAGUGACCCAAAGUUGAUCGGAGGGUAUUACAUAGAAGCAGUGCAGCGUUUGGGUGGCUGUCCCAGAGUUGUGCGCGGCGAUCUUGGAACCGAUAAUGGCUACGUCAGAGGCUUUCAGCGUUUCCUCGUCCCCAUCCAGCCAUACUGCACCAUUGACAGUUACUUGGAGGGAGCCAGCACCGCCAAUCAGAGGAUUGAAUAUUGGUGGGGUUUUCUCCGUAGGGAGUGCGUGGAGUUCUGGUUAACUUUGUUUGCAGACCUCAGAGACAACGGUUUCUUUGAUGGUGGGUUUCUGGAUAAAGGUCUCCUUCAGUUUUGUUGCAUGGGACUCAUCCAGGAUGAGUUGGAUGACACUGCACAGGUUUGGAACACACACACCAUCAGGCCAUCGAAAAAUCCUAACGUCCCCAGCGGUCGGCCGAACGUGAUGUUUGCAGUACCUGAACUCUAUGGGACAAGAGACUUCCUUUCCCCAAUUGAAGAUGGUGAAUUUCAACUGUGCAAAAACGAAUGCAUCUUUCGCCAGACCAAACCGUGUGAUCCAGAUCUGUAUAAACUAUGCAACAUCUUUAUGGCUGAGUCCAAUCUCACCCUAGCAACAGAUCCAUAUCAGGCAGUGAACUUGUACAUGCACCUCAGAGAGGCCAUCAGGGCAUGUGUGUAGGUCAGGCGUAUUUUGUGGUCACAUAUGUAAAUAAUUCACCUUGCUGUUCUGUUCCUUUUAUAAGUUUGUGGUCACAUAUGUAAAUAAUUCACCUUGCUGUUCUUUUCC